AUGAGCCACCGCUUAGCUAGUUUAGCCAAAGCAAUGCUCGACAAAAUUGAAAAUCUUUGCAAAGCUACUGGCUUUCGAUUCGACAAGAAAUUUCGACUUGAAUUUAUGCCUGUCUCCUUUUAUAACGGUGCUACUGGAACUUUCAACAAUAACCAUUGGGAACUACGCAUAAACUUGGAUCCAGUGGCCUGGUUUGACUCGAAGUGGACCGAUGCAUCAUUCUCGUACGAUGUCCAAAGAGAAUUUCUUGUUGUUGCUCGUAAUUAUGUUGACAAGUAUAAAAAUUUUGUACGUGAAGAAUAUUUGAAUGCUCCAAAACAAACUCCAUUAGCCUCGAAUGGCAACUAUGCUCAAUCUCCACUCUACUGCAUGCAGAAAGUGGCAGGACGAGAAAAUCAAGGUGGUGUGUGUGGUCUUCGUAUUUUCGAUGAAACUGUCGUUAUGAAAUGGCCUAUAUCUGCAGAGCAUGUACGUGAUCUUCUCUUGCAUCCUUCUCCAUCGUGGCAUAUUGUUAAUCGUGAACUUGUCUGUUUACCUCUAUUCUGGACUACGGCUAUCUAUACAUGUCGAUUUCUUUAUAAAGAACUUUGUGAGAAGAAAAAUUCCGAUGAUGUGAAAUGGCCAGUCGAUGCUAUUGCAAUCAAUUUUGGUCAAUGGGAAUCAGCUUCUUCAAGGGAAAAAUAUGCGAUUAAUUGUCAUGCUCAUGCUCAUUUUUUGCUCACACUCGAUUUCAUCGAUGAAUGUAAUGAUAAUUUCUUUCGUUCACUUAAAGGUCGUCAAAAAGCACCACCCAAUUAUUUAUAUGAAAAUGCUAAACUUCUCGAACAUGAACGUUUGCUUAGCUAUGAAAUGCAAGCUUAUCAGAAAGAUAUGAGAAGUUGUUUGAUGAAAAUUAAAGAAAUGCAAGCAAAUGAAGUACAACGAGACCAGAAAAUCAAUAAAAUACUCACAUUUUUAGAACAAAACGUCAGAACUCGAGAUGAUAAUCGAGAUAUUAAUAAUCGUAAAUCGUUGUUAAGCAAUCGAUUUUCGUAUUCGCACACAAGUCUUCAUUAUUCUUACUUCAAUCCGAAUUCAAAUAUGAGAUAUUCAUAUUUUUCUCAUACUCGAGAAAAUCCAUAG